AUGGCAGCAGAAAACUCCUCUUCUGUCGAGAGAAUUACUAGUCUACCAGCCGUCUACAGCCUCUUCUUCCUCUGGAUCGAGCCCAUCUCGACGGUUCUUGGAGCCAUCUACGCCCACUUCUUGCCUCAGCUCUACCUCGAGCUGACGCAUGCUGCUUCGGCACCGAGCGCGGUAUCCGGAGUGCCCGUGGGUACGAAGGUCGCGCUCACUCAACUCGGCAAUCUGUACUUGGCCUUCGCCAUCAUCGAGGCACUGGUGCUGCGGAGCACGAACGACCUCGGAGUAUGGCGCGUCCUGCUCUUGGGUCUCUUGAUUGGCGAUUUUGGCCAUCUCUACAGCGUGUGGGAGCUCGGCUCGGAAGGUUACUGGAAAUUCUGGGCGUGGAAUUCCAUCAAUUGGGGUAACGUGGGCUUCGUGUACUGUGUCGUCUUGAUAAGAAUUGCAUUCUUAUGCGGAGUGGGUAUCAAGUCAAGUCGAGAUACUCAAGAGGUGAUCAGAAAGAAAACGCGGUAG